GCGCUUUUCUUUCUGUAAUUUCUCCUGUGACUUUUGACAUGACCCUGCCCUCACUGGGGACAUUGGUUAUUUUUAUUUUUUUUUCUUCAGUGAGAUCAUUUACUCCUAGAUAAAGAUUAAUUUUAAUUUUAAAUUUUAACUGGACUCUCUUAAGUGAAACCGUUUUUAUAGGCCAGCUAAGAUGCUGUUAUCUUUGCCCAGCUUUGCCUCUGUCACGGGCUGCUUCACCGAGCAGGUAAUAAGUAACCUUUCCUCCCUCUGGGUGGGUUGAGGGCAGAGGGCUGGCAGAAGUAGGCUGAUGGCCUCCUUGCUCCCUUCUCCUUGGGAAUCAUAAACAUUUUUAGUGUCAGUGACCUCUCUCUGCCCCUUGUUUUGGGUAAUCCUUGCGGUGCAAGAAGAUGCCAUUCCUACACCGUUCCCUGCUUCCCUCUGUGUGGAGCCUAAAAGACCUCCCAGAAAUGACUAUGGUUAAAGGGCAGCAGCUGAGUCAGGCCCAGGGGAGCAGGGCUUCAGGCACAACGGCUGCAUUCACAGCCCAGCCCUGACACAUGCUCCAGGGCUGUCCAGGCCACAGCCCUGCACCACACUUCUCAGAGCCACAUAGACAGGUCAUUGUCCAAGCAAGGAUGCAGACGUACGUAUCCAGACUCCCAGUCUCCUGCUUUUACCACAGAUGGUUUGUAACACAAGUGGGUUUGGGAUGGAUGGACUGUACCCAGGUGGUGCAUGGUUUGAGAGAGGACUGGGUAUGACAUAGGAUUACAUCUCCUGCCUGAAGUGGAUGGGAGAGUGCAGGUUUGAAUGGGCGUUGUGUCCAGUCUAAGUGUGAACCUUGCUGAACCUUGGAACAGACCCAAAGCAUCCUCAAGGCUGGUACCAUCUCAUAGCACAGUAUGGAGCAGCACAAAAUCCUUGUGAACUGAAAGAGCUGGAAAAAAAAGAUGUCAAACUCUCUUUUCCUACCUAAGGGACCAUUGCAUCAUUUGUCUGAUCAGGGUAGUUUUACAGAAGUGAUGUGUUUCCACUGAUGUCUCUGACAGGUCUCACACCAUUAGACACUGACAGAAAUGUGGAAACAGCAGGUCUUUUACAAAACCUUCCAUGUUCACAUUGAUUCUGUAAUCCAGCUCUCCAAGACAUGUUUUUUAUAUUCCUUUUGUUGUGUAUAGAGUGCAAGUGGUACCAGUUAACACUGGAUGGGGUGCAGAAAGCAAUGCCCCUUGCUAAAUGAGCUACACAUGAAAGAGUUGUGUUUCCCUUCACUGGGAGAAAAUGCUUCACUGCAAGGGGACAAGAAGGUGAAGAGGAGGGAAGAUGGUGUCCACCAGUGGUCCAUCCAGCUUCACGCAUGGUCUGGAGUUAGUCUCUUCCCCUGCAGGACCGGCUUUUCCUACACUGUACCAUGGUGAGCAAUGCUUGUCUACCCUGAAGGAUUAUUUUGGGGAUAAGUAUUUGUAAAGAGCUGUCAGUGUUCAGAGGAGCAGGCUAGAUGAAGAGGAUGGAACAGAGAGAUGAAGAGGAAAUCCUAAGAGAAAUUGCAUUAUCAAUGCCUAAUAAAGCAGAUAUGGGACUCCCAGGUGCUGGGAAAUCACUGCAGGGAGAAGAAUCCAAGCUAGGCUUUGAAAUGAAGCAAACCUGCCCUACUGCACUUGGUGGGGAACCUGCACACAAACCGUGCUUCAACUUUGCCUUUUGCAGGCGUAGAUUCCAGAUUUUAUGGAGAGCUGGGGGUGGAGGGGAAGAUUGUGCGAAGUGCAGCAGAACCCCUGACAUCAUUUACUCUGGAUAAAUAUAAUGCGAUAAUAGGAGCAUUCUAAGGAAGGUCUCUCAGUGGCUUUCCAGAAAGGCAAGCUCCACCAAAAUAUGGCAGCCUUCAUGCCCUUCUUCAUCUGUGGAGUGUGUGCACUGCUUUUUGCAGCUGCACUCUAUGUUCUAAAAGUUUUUAAGCAAUCAUCAGCUUUAAAUUUGCCUUCUGGUCCAUUUCCUCUUCCCAUCGUUGGCAGCCUGCAUUUGCUGGACAUCAGAAAGCAAGACAAGUCACUAAUGAAGAUUUCAGAGAAAUAUGGCCCCAUUUUCACCAUCCACUUGGGGUUUCAGAAGGUGGUGGUGCCGACUGGCUACAAGACAGUAAAAGAUGGUCUUCUGAGCACAAGGGAUAUGUUUGCAGACAGACCACGUGUACCCAUAUUCUAUCACAUCCAACACAGAAACGGUGUGUUCUUUUCUUCCCAAGAGCUUUGGAAGAAAACACGACGGUUCACCAUAACCGCCAUGCGGGAUCUUGGCAUGGGGAAGCAUCUUGGUGAAGAAAGGAUGCUUGAGGAGCUUCACUUUCUCAUUGAGUUGAUCAAAUCCUUCAAAGGUAGACCUUUCCAAUUGUGGUUUUUGGAUAUGGCUCCCAGCAACAUCACUUUUGCUAUUCUCUUUGGGAGAAGGUUUGAUUAUAGAGACCCAACAUUUCUCACCCUGUUAAGACUCAUAGAUGAAGUUAUGCACCUUCUUGGCUCUCCAUUCUUGCAUUUAUUUAAUUUCUACCCAUUCCUUGGAUUUCUCCUCAAACCUCACAAGAUGAUACUGAAAAAAGUAGAAGUGUGUGUGAUCUUAAAGAAGUGCAUCAAGGAAAGCAAAGAAAGCGUUAAUGAGAACAACCUGAAGAGCUACAUUGAUGCAUUGGUAUUCAAACAGGAGGAGAUGAAUAAAAACGAUGCUCUUUUUCAUGAUGGAUUAUUGGCUGCUGCACUUGACCUGCUCAUGGCUGGCACUGAGAUGACAUCCACUGCACCUCAAUGGGCCAUCCUGCUGCUGUUGAAGUACCCCGAGAUUCAAAAAAAGGUGCACGCAGAGAUUGAGCAAGUUCUUGGCCCUAGCUGCUUGCCUACCUUUGAGGACUGGAAAAAAAUGUCAUUUAGCAAUGCAGUGAUCCACGGGGUGCAGAGAUUUGUCGCCCUCCUGCCACAUGUUACACGGUGCACUUCAAUUAACACCCACUUUAAAGGUUAUUUCAUUCCCAAGGGAACACCAGUGAUUCCUCUGCUCACCUCUGUGCUGCUGGAUAAAACACAGUGGGAGACGCCUGAUGAAUUCAACCCCAACCACUUUCUUGAUGUGGAUGGGAACUUCAUACAGAAGAAAGCAUUCCUGCCUUUCUCCACAGGGCAGAGAAACUGCACUGGAGAAUGUCUUGCCAUGAUGGAGCUCUUCAUCUUUACAGGCUUGAUAAAGAAGUUGAUUUUUAAGCCUCUACCAGGGGUCAAAGAAUCUGAGCUGCACACAACUGCAGAGGCUGGGUUCACCAUGAGACCCCAGCCACAGUGUGUCUGUGCUGUGCUAUGCCAAUAAAGCCACGGCUCUGAACUGAGACAGAUCCAUGUAAUAGUUUUCUGCAGAGCCUAGCAGGUGCACUAAAGAGAAAUCAGAUCCCUGUGCAGUAGCUACAAGUAGAGUCUUCUUACACAAAGCCUUGCAAGUAAUGGCUACAUGCCAUUGAACAAAUACUUGGUCAAGACCCAGGUCGCCUUACCUACCAGGAUGGUUAGUGGGUAAGGUGACCUGGAAAAUGCCAGCCAGACAUGACUGGAAAUAGAAGGACAGUCAGUACUUUAUACAUCAAAAGUAGAGUGUAAGAAAGUUAUCCUUGUUCUGAGCCUCUAGGAGAGGAUGUGUCUCAAGAGUGAGUAAUUUCUUCACUUGGAGAGCAGUAGUAGAUAAAAUGUUGUGUCAUCAUCUAAUCCCUGCUCUUUUCCCAUUCUCUGCUGCACAAGGGAUAAAUUAAUCCCAGAUACCUACACUUUCUGUGUGAUGGAUGUUCUUCUAACACUUUACAGGUUUCUGAUUUUGAAUCCCAGAUAUCAGACCCUAGAUUUCAUAGGUUCCCCUUGCUCUGAAGGACCUCAGCAAGGUUCCUUGGGAGUCUUUGGCUCUUUCUGGGUACAGGCUCUGCUAUGCCUGCGCUGAUAUAGGGCUCAACAGCUCUCCCCAGACAAGUGAAGACACUCCCCAGCAUUGUUGCAAAGGUAGCUCAGAUACACAGACACAACCUCUUUUCAGAGCACGAUGUGUGAACAAGAAAGCAUGCAAACACUGUAGAGAUGUGUUUCUAAAUGUCUAAGAUGCUCUUCCUUAAGCAGAACAGAAGCUGAGCAGAUCCAGGCAAAGCAACAGAAAACCUGCCCAUCUCCCCUUUCCUUACAUCUCCCAGCUUUUUGUGAGACUUCUCAGAACCCUCCCUUUUCCUGACAUUCCCUAGCUUCUUCUCCUCUGAAAUGACUACAGAUGGGGCCUCAUCACAUCUGCUCAUCAGGGAAGACAGCAGGACUCUUAAGGCAGCUGGCUUCUUCCUUGGUCUGAAAUGCUGAGUGGAGGCCAGAAGGAUCUGAUAGGCCUGCAAUGGGAGGUGGGUUAAGCCAUUGUCCCACAAGGUGCCUGAGAUGGUUAGCCCCUCAGAGGGAUCAGUGUCUGCUGUAGGAUGAGAAGAGUGUCCUGUAUACCACUUGAUUCUUCCAGGUUAAUGGUAAAUAACUGCCUUUGCUCCCAGACUUACUCACAGGUGAAUGCAGUUGGACUGGGGUCCAUAAAGCCUCAAGGCUUGGAUCUGCCCUCCCUACCCAGCCUGAAUCUGGGGUUGGCAGGGUGUUUCACCCCAAUAAGAACUGCAGGGCUGGGCUGUCUGUGACUCAGAGGGAUCAUGUUGCCAUCUCGUGGCAAAAAUAAAAUAGAAAUGAUAUUCUGCACAGUACUUAUUCCUCUGGCUCCGUGGGGCUGCAGAUACAAAGCAACCC